AAACAUAACCAAUGAUUUUCAAAAUGACAGCAGCAGGAGAUCACAAUGAAAAUGUUCAAAAUAAACCAUUAUUUCGGAAUCUUACAGCUGAUGAACCCAAUCCAGAAACAACUAUGAUCGAAAGUUUAUGUAUGAAUUGUCAGAAAAAUGGCGUUACGAAAUUACUACUCACAAAAAUUCCACAUUACAAAGAAGUUGUCUUGAUGUCUUUUUUCUGCGAACAUUGUGGUUUUCAAAACAAUGAAAUACAAGAUGCAGGGAAAAUCGCCGAAAAGGGAGUCAAAAUUACUUUAACAGUUACGAAAACCAAAGAUUUGAAUAGACAGGUAGUAAAAUCCGACUACACUUCUGUUAAAAUUCCCCAUCUUGAUUUCGAAAUUCCCGCAGGAUCUCAAAAAGGAGAGGUGACCACAGUCGAAGGAAUAAUUGAACGAAGCAUUGCUGGUUUGGAACAGGACCAGAUAAAACGAAGAAAGGAAAAUCCAGAAAUAGCAACACAAAUUGAUGCCUUUAUCGAAAAACUUCGCUCCCUUAAGGAAUUUCGAGAACAAUUCACGAUAAUUUUCGAGGAUAUUUCUGGUAAUUGUCACGUGGAAAAUCCUUUGAUGCCAUUGAAAGACAGCAAUUGUGAAGUGAUUUAUUUCAAACGAACAACUGAACAGAAUCACGCUUUAGGAAUUUAUGAAGAAAACGAGGAUAACCUUCUGAAACCUAUUGAGGAAGGAGAAUUUCCUUUGGAAGAAAUCGAGGGUGAAGUUUUGAUGUUCCCUACAAACUGUCCAGAAUGUAAUAGUCCUUGUGAGACAAAUAUGAAGAUGACCAAGAUUCCACACUUCAAAGAAGUUGUCAUAAUGGCCACAAGCUGCGAAUUCUGUGGCCAUCGAACGAACGAAGUCAAGAGUGGAGCAGGAAUUGAGCCCCAAGGAGUAAAACUAGAGGUGAAAAUAACAGGAAAAGAAGAUUUCAGUCGCGAUAUUUUGAAAUCUGACACUUGCCACAUGGAAAUUCCCGAGUUGGAAGUAGAAGUCGGUCCCACAACUCUAGGGGGAAGAUUUUCGACAGUGGAAGGAAUUAUAGCAGCCAUCAAAGAUCAACUCGCUAAUUCAACUACUUUUUUGGGAGACUCUAGCGAUAAAGAAACCGUGAAUAGACUGGAUCGUUUCAUCUUGGAUUUAGAGACAAUUCUUCAAGGAAACAAAGCAGCUACUCUCAUUUUGGAUGACCCUGCAGGAAAUAGUUACAUCCAAAGUCUUUCGGAUGAUGGGCCCGAUGAUAGAUUAAAAAUUACGAAAUACGAUAGGACUUUCGAACAGAAUGAGGAGCUUGGCAUUAAUGAUAUGAAAGUUGAGAAUUAUUAAGAUUAUUCUACGUGAAAAUGUCUUACUCGCUAAAAGUGAGUGAAGUUUUUUUUCUAAUAAAUGAAGUUUCUAAAAUUA